AUUUUAUUUGUUGAAUUGGCACUGAUACUGCCAGUUCUUGCUCCUAGGAGCGCGCACGGGCUCAAGUGAACGAGUGACCUCUACCAGUACCAGUUUUUGUCUAACUCGCACUUAAGGAUCGUGUUCAAUCCCGAGAUCUUUUAAUUGUUUACACCUAGAGGCAUCCGCCACCUUUUGGUCGUCGCCGCCACCUCCAUUGUCCUUGUUAUAAAAUCAGACCCGGUAGCACAUCGAGAAAUAAACACAGAAGAAACGUCACAGGAGAUCCAAACACGAUAUCGCCGCUGAACCAAGAUAUUAGUAGAGGUCCUGAACCGGCUUUCCUCCGUCUGAAUCGGCAGUCGUAGCCACUGAAUCAGCUUUCUGUUCCUGAAAACCAUCAACGAAGGAGGGGCAGAUCGAUCCCCUUUCUCCCAUCCUCGCUCCUCGCGCUCACACGGCACUCCUCAGCACCCGCCACUGCUGCCGCCAACACAGGAGCCGCCGCGCAUCACUGCUCCUCUGUGCCCCUGAGGACGUCACCGCCGGUGGCCACUUCCGCCGCCGCCUCCUUGCCUCCUGAACGCUGCCGGUGAGAGUGCCGCCGCUGUGGGCUUCCCGCCGGUCGAGGACGCCGAUGCCCACGAGUCGCUCCAACGCAGAGGAAGUCGCCGCCCUGCUGUCGGAACCCGCCGCUCCACCACCUGGAGCCGGCGCCGCCAAGUCGUCCGCCGCCUGCACCGCUGUUUGAUCCGCUCGACGCCAAAACCAUAGUCGCCAGCCGUUAAUAGUUCGGCAAAUUUAGGAGGAAGUUUGAGGCUCUUGUGUCGCUCUCACGCGGGUGGCUCGGGGGCAGAACCGCCGCUGGAAACCGCGCGGCCGGCCCGGAAGGUAGCGGCGGGGAAAAUGUGCCGGCGGUGGAGUUUUCUUCUCGGCGUGGGAGGAGAAACAGCGCGCGUACGGCGGGAGGCGGCGGCUGGCGGGGCGGAUCCGCCUCCGGCAACAUUCGCCAUGCAUCUUCAUUUGUCUCCGCUUGAUGCUGACCGAAGGGGUCCCUGACCUACCAUCAACACAAAUGAUUGUUUUGUAUUCGUGCCAUGCAUGACCCGGUCCAGUACUGCCUGCACGCGGAGAGUGCAACGAACCUCACUACCCACCUAAUAGGACUAGUAAACGAGAAGUCAAGGUAUUUUAUUGUUGCUCAUGGCUUUGUGGACCGAAUUGGGAUAUUGGAUUGGUCAGGUACCUGAGUGAGUACUACGCUGUUAAUAUAGAUUGACAUGAAAUGGAAAACAGAGUCCUCGGCGUCUAAACCCACCUAACCCAUGAUAGACUGCUGGUAAUUUAAUUUCAAAUGUCAGGGGAAUAUGAUUGUCUGCAUGAUGCGCGAGUGAUAUAAACUCCAUGAUAAGCAUCCUCUCUGCUCAGACCUCAGAGAGCUCACUGCAAAAGCUACCAUUUCUGAUUCGAUCUGGUCGCCAAGUUCUCUCCCCUGUGCAGUCUUUGGCGAAGGUGAAGAAUCCAUUCAAUCGAUGGCGGAGACGGUGCUGAGCAUGGCGAGGUCGCUGGUGGGCAGUGCCAUCAGCAAGGCCACCUCUGCGGCGGCCCAUGAGGCGAGCCUCCUACUCGGCGUCCAGAAGGACAUCUGGUAUAUCAAAGAUGAGCUGAAAACAAUGCAAGCGUUCCUACGAGCUGCUGAAGUUAUGAAGAAGAAAGAUGAGCUCUUAAAGGUUUGGGCAGAACAGAUACGUGACUUGUCCUAUGACAUUGAAGAUUGCCUUGACGAAUUCAAGGUCCAUAUUGAGAGCCAAAAUCUGUUUUAUCAGAUGGUGAAGCUCAGAAAGCGCCAUCUGAUAGCUACCCAAAUCCGUAACCUCAAAUCAAGAGUUGAAGAAGUGAGUAGCAGAAACUCACGCUACAAUUUAGUCAAACCUAUUUCAUCCAGCAAUGAGGAUGACAUGGAUUGUUACGCAGAAGACAUUCGUAAUCAGUCAACUAGCAAUGUAGAUGAAACUGAGCUUGUGGGGUUCUCUGACUCUAAGAUAAGGUUGCUCGAAUUAAUCAGUGCCAAUGUAAUAAUGGUCCAACCAAAGUAAUAUGUGUGGUUGGGAUGGGUGGUUUAGGCAAGACAGCUCUUUCCAGGAAGAUCUUUGAAAGCAAAGAGGACAUCGGAAAGAACUUUCCAUGUAAUGCAUGGAUCACUGUGUCACAAUCAUUUAACAGGAUUGAGCUACUCAAAGAUA